CGGGAUUCCAGUACCAGAGCCCGAUGUUUGCUGCCGAGGUGGUGACCCAAAGGACGCGGAGUUCAACUCGUGAGACAUGGUGUUUGCGAACCCCCACGAUAUCUGCGAAACGCCGGAUGAGCAUACAUAAAAACACGUCUUGCUCAAGGAGAAGACCAAUCUCAUCUGAAGCAUCAUCCAUCUACACAAGCCUCAUAGAGACAUUCUAGCGCGUAGAACAACCCAUUUCUUCCAAUUAGAAAGACACCUCUGACUGAAGAUGCCUAUCACCAAAUACAAGGCGGCAGCUGUUACCUCAGAGCCAGGAUGGUUCGACCUCGAGGCUUGCGUCCAGAAGACGAUCAAAUUCAUCAACGAAGCUGGACAAGCCGGCUGCAAGCUGAUCGCAUUCCCUGAAGUUUGGAUCCCGGGUUAUCCUUACUGGAUGUGGAAGGUCAACUACCUCCAAUCACUCCCCAUGCUGAAGAAGUACAGGGAGAACUCCCUCCCCGUCGACUCGGAGGAGAUGCGUCGCAUCCGCCGAGCGGCCCGCGAUAACCAGAUCUACGUCUCGCUUGGCUUCUCCGAGAUCGACCACGCCACGUGCUAUAUCUCCCAGAGCCUCAUCGACCCGGAGGGCAACAUCAUCAACCACCGCCGCAAGAUCAAGCCCACCCACGUUGAGAAGCUCGUCUACGGUGAUGGCGCCGGCGACACCUUCAAGUCUGUCACCUCAACGGAGCUCGGCAGGCUCGGCCACCUGAACUGCUGGGAGAACAUGAAUCCCUUCCUCAAGUCGCUGAACGUCGCGGAGGGAGAGCAGGUCCACGUCGCCGCCUGGCCGGUCUACCCAGGUAUCGAGCGCCAGGUCUCCCCAGACCCGGCGACCAACUAUGCCGACUGCGCCUCGGACUUCGUCACCCCAGCGUAUGCUUACGAGACCGGCACCUGGACCCUCGCCCCAUUUCAGCGCCUCAGCGUCGAGGGUCUGAAGAAGACCACACCCGAGGGUGUCGAGCCCGAGACCGACCCCACUCCCUACAACGGACAUGCCCGUAUCUACCGCCCUGAUGGUAGCCUGGUCGUCAAGCCCGAGAAGGACUUUGACGGUCUCCUAUUUGUGGACAUCGACCUGAACGAGUCGCACCUUACCAAAGUUAUCGCUGACUUCGGCGGACACUACAUGCGACCUGAUCUCAUCCGCUUGCUUGUCGAUACUCGCAGGAAGGAGCUUGUGACAGAGGCCGACCCCAAUGGCGGCAUUGCUACUUACACCACUGCCCACCGUCUGGGCUUCGACAAGCCUCUGGACCCAAAGCAUGAGAACGAUGGUCAGGGCGUCGCUGGCCGACAUGAUCCCGCGGGCAAGGCUUCCAAGCUGCCAAGUGACCUGUAAGAGAGUCGCAGUCUGGGCUCUUAAGUAUUUAGCAUAAGCAAAGAUAUCUCUACUCAUUUCCAUAUAAUACAAAUAUGCUCUCAAAA